UUAAUAGCAUUCUAAGUAAUGUAUUCUUAUAAAAGUCAUUAUGUCACAGUCUCCUUCUCAACAAGCUAAUGUUCAAAAGAACGAGACCAAAGAUUUAGGAAUAUUAGAACUGGAUGACUUUAAAAUGUGGAGCUCAAUAGCCUUAAAGUCAUUUUUAUCCUUGAGGAAAAAAUCUGUCAUUGGCUCUACAGAAGUAUUAGUUGCAAGAGCAUUCUCUUGCUAUGAAGAAAAUGUACCAGUUGACCACAAGCAAGAGCAUACUCAAAGAGUUUUGUUAAAAGAAUACAAAGACAAAUUGAUUAUAGAUGGUGAAGCAGUACCAGAUCCUAUGGACUUUUCUAAAUUAUGGAUUGGAGAAGAUAAAGGAAUGAUUUAUUGGCCAAGACUCUAUUUUACGGACAUUUCUAGAUUUUAUAGUGAUGUGAUUGGUAAACGAAAUCUUAUAGAACGAUUAGAAUCUGAAUAUAAACAAGGAAAAGCAUACCGUUAUUUUUCAAAUAGUUUUAUUGGAGAAGUCAUGUACAAUAAUAUAAACGAUUCUUCACUAUUUUGUUUGUUCAAAACAAAAUGCAUGCCUUCUCAACGUGUCAAUAUGAAACAGUAUGAUGUCUGGAUUAUUGUGCGAAAAGACAAAGGUAAUAUUAUUGGUGGUGAAGUUAAAAAUGCUUACUGUACUUGUACUGCAGGACUAUUAGGAAGCUGCAAUCAUGUUGCAGGUUUAUUAUUUCGUAUUGAAAGUGCAGUUAUUACGGGUGUUUCUAACCCAACAUGCACCAGCUUAAAAGCUUCUUGGAAUGUCCCCAGUAAAAAGAAACUAAUUGAACCAGGACUGGUAUCGAAUUUUGUUUUUACCCAAGACUCAUACUUGAAAAAGUCAGUACAGAAGUCAACUGAGAAACGUAAAAGUGCAGGUCAAUUUAAAAUAAAGUUCCAAGUAAUGUCUGAUAGCCAGAAAAAAGUUUUAAACAAUGGUGAUAUUGUAAGAAGCGAGCUAUUUAAUGAAAUCCAAAAUAUUAUUCCUAAUUCUUGUUUUGUAGAGUUGACUGAGCAAAAGAAAAAACAGCAUAUUCCUUCAGUAGCUUUAGAUAUUCCAUCUUUGAAAGAAUUUGCUAAUCUAUUUAAAACAAAUUUGGAUCAAGAUGAAAUCUUCUUUAUUAACGAUAUGUUUGCUGAUUCAAUUUAUUUGACUGAUAAUGAAAUUAGAGCUAUAUAUAAUGCUACAAAAGAUCAAGCCAAUAGUACUGAGUGGUUCAAAUAUAGACAGGGCAGAUUAACUGCUUCCAAAUUUAAAAGUAUUGUUAAUUGUGCCAAAAGGUUGCGUAAUAAUACUAAUGAGAAAUGUCCUAAGUAUAUUGUUUCAUUUAUUAUGGGUUAUGAUACAGUUAAUCCAACAUGGCAAAUGAAACACGGGAUAAACAAUGAGUUUCAUGCAAAAGCAAAAUUUAAACAAAUUUUUCGUAAAUCCCAUAAAAAUUGUAAAUUUAAUGACCCAGGAAUGACAGUAAUGAAAUCGCAUCCAUUCAUUUCAGUAACACCUGAUAUGGAAAUAGAGUGUUUAUGUCAUGGUUCAGGCCUUGUUGAAAUCAAAUGCCCAGCCUCAAUAAUUGGUAAAGUUCCUCAUCCAGAAAAUUAUGCCCAUAUUGAAGAAGCUAAUGGAAUAAUAAGUUUGAAGAAGAACAGUGAGUAUUAUUUUCAAAUUCAAGGUCAGCUUGGUGUCACACAGAAGAAAUAUUGUUAUUUUUUUAUUUUUUCAUUUCAUGGUAAUUUAACUGUGCGAGUUCCAUUUGAUGAGGAAUUUUGGAGUUACAUGAUUGAUAAUUUAAAUUGGUUUUGGAGAAGUCAAAUUGCUCCAGAAUUACUAGACAAUGAAGUUGAAAAAAAUAUUAAACUAAUUAAUGAAGAAGACAUUAUUAUCGUUAAAAGAAAUGUCACAACAUACAUUGAUCUAUCAUUAGAAAAUAUUAGCAGCUUUACAAAUUUUUCUCAGCCAUUAAAUGAAAAUAAUAUUGAUUUUGAAAUAAUACUUCAAUAAGAGUUUCUUAACCCAAUCAUGUCUAUUUUUUUCAUUCUCAAAUCAUUCUUAACCAAAUCAGUCUAAUAAAU